AUGCCGUCCAUCUUGACCAGCGUCAUGCCACAGCCUUCAUCUGAUCAUGGCUCCGUACUGGUUCAACAAAGACUACAAUCCCAAACGCCUGAUGCGCUCACGAGUUACCUCUGCAGGUGCACUACGGAUAUCAACAAGAUGCAUAGAAGACACACGCCCUUGAUGCUUGCCGUUCAAGCGGGAGAUCACAAAGCUGUCGAUCUCCUAUUAGAGUAUGAUGAUCUUCAGGCUUCUAUAUGCAAUGCUUAUGGUCAGACUGCUCUAUCGAUGGCCAUCACGCAGGGCAGUAUCUCAAUCGUACAGCAGCUGCUCCGCCGAGGAGAUAUUAAGUUCUACAGCCAAGAUCCAAAAGUCCAGCAGCCACUCCUGGUGGCUCUAGAAUACCAACAGCAUGAGAUUUUGAAAAUGCUAUUACGGGAUCCUCGGGCCAAGAUCAAUAGGAAGAAUCACCGCGGCCAAACAAUCCUGCAUCUGGCUGUGAUCUACGGAGACCUUCGCGCCGUUGCAAGCCUUGCGAGAGAGGAGCUGAUUGAUGUCAAUUGUCCCGAUCAUCAGGGGGAGACGCCCCUCACGCUGGCUGCGAAGCUCCAUGCCUGCGAUCAGCCCAACAACGUCAAGAUUCACAAGUGUCUACUCACGCGGUCCAAAGUCAGGGUAGAUCGAGAUCAAGGGGUCAUUCUAUCCUUUCACAUGCCGUGA